AGAAUUACCCUAUCGACCUGGGGAUAUACAUGGCCCCAAGAGUACCAGACCAGGGGGAAUUAGCGGGGUUUGUGCCUGACAGUCAGGUCGCCACAGUCGAUCCUUCAACUACUGCGCCUCCCCGACAAUUCCCCCUCUCCAUCCACCAUCAUCACCUCCCAGCAGAACAUCACCACCAUGACACGAACGCCACCCAACUCCUUCCAGCAGCUGGAAAAGCUCGGCGAAGGCACCUACGCCACGGUCUUCAAAGGCCGCAACAGCCAAACGGGAGAGCUGGUAGCAUUGAAAGAAAUUGCUCUCGACACCGAAGAGGGCACACCCUCGACCGCGAUCCGUGAAAUCUCCCUUAUGAAAGAACUCCACCACGAGAACAUCCUCAGCCUCCACGAUGUCAUCCACGCCGAGAACAAGCUCAUGCUCGUCUUCGAAUACAUGGACAAGGACCUGAAGCGCUACAUGGACACUCACGGCCAGCUCGAGUCCCCGAUCAUCAAAUCCUUCGUAUACCAACUUCUCUGCGGCGUCGCCUACUGCCACGACAACCGCAUCCUCCAUCGCGACCUCAAACCCCAGAACCUCCUCGUAAACACCAAGGGGCAACUCAAACUCGCCGAUUUUGGCCUCGCGCGCGCAUUUGGCAUCCCCGUGAACACCUUCUCCAAUGAAGUCGUGACCUUAUGGUACCGCGCACCAGACGUAUUACUCGGAAGCCGAAGUUACAGCACGAGCAUCGAUAUCUGGUCCAUCGGAUGCAUCGUCGCAGAGAUGUACAUGGGGCGAUCGUUAUUCCCGGGCUCAAACAACGAAGACCAACUGCAGAAAAUCUUCAAGGUGAUGGGCACGCCGUGUGAGGGGACCUGGCCCGGUGUGUCGAGGUUACCCGAGUACCGGGCAGAUUUCCCGCUCUACGCAGCACAGGAUUUGAGGGGGCUGGUGCCGCGGAUAGAUGCGGUGGGUCUGGAUCUCAUGAAGAAGAUGUUGAGGUUGCAGCCUGAGAGGAGAAUUAGUGCUGCGGAGGCGUUGAGACAUGCUUGGUUUGAUGAUCUGGAAUGAGUAAGUGUGGAUGAGAGGGUUGGUUGCCCUGGUGUUACCUCUGAGCUGCUAGGGUACUUUUGUUGAUGCGAGGAGUCAUGCGAGGACUAUUCAGCCUGGAGGGAUUGGUUUGAGCCGGAUGUCGGUAGUAAGUAAGGAAGAAUUUGAAACCGAGGGGUUGGUUGCGGGGGAACUUCUUCAGCCGGUCACAAGGGGGCUCUCAUGCUAUCGUUCUCUGAGACACCCACUGGUAACGUACACCCGCCAAUCACUGCCC